AUGUUAGCAUAUGGCGUAGCAGCUGAUGCUGUUGAUGAUUAUGUGCGGAUACGCGAGAGCACUACAAUUGAAUGCUUGAAAAAUUUGUUGAAGGUGUCAUUUCGGUGUUCGAGGAUGAAUACUUGCGAAAACCAAAUCCAAAUAACUUGUCCAAAGGCGUGGAAAGGUAUGUACAUAAGUGGUUAUCGUGGGGUUGCAACCAUAGUACUUGAGGUUGUAGCAUCUUCAUACCUUUGGAUAUGGCAUGCGUUCUUUGGAGUUUCUGCUUCAAAUAAUGAUAUCAACGUGUUACACCGUUCUCCAGUGUUCGAUGAUAUUCUAAAUGACCGUGCUCUGGAGGUAAAUUAUACUAUUAAUGGUAACAAUUAUACUAUGGGAUACUAUUUAGCAGACGGUAUUUAUCCUAAAUGGGUCACAUUUGUCAAAUCAAUCUCAAAGCCACAAGGGGAGAAACGCAAGUUAUUUGCACAAUACCAAGAAGGGCAAAGAAAAGAUGUGGAGCAAGCAUUCAGAGUGUUGCAAGCACGCUUUGCAAUUGUACGUGGUCCAGCUCGCUUUUGGAAAAAGAAAAAACUUGCCAACAUAAUGAGAGCUUGUAUUAUAUUGCAUAAUAUGAUUGUUGAGGAUGAAAGAGACACUUAUGCAGGAAAUUUUGCUCAAGGCUUAGAGUAUGAUGAUGUCAAAAAUGCCUUAUCACAACCUCAGUUGGGAGAAGAAGAUUUAGCACCAUACCAUCAAUUUCUUCAAAGAAAUGCCCAACUUCGAAAUAGACAGCAGCAUAGACAAUUGAAAGAGGACUUAAUUGAACACAUAUGA